GUGAAGCCGGCUGCCUGAGCUCCACAACCACACCAGGAGGCUGUGAGCUGUCCGCUGUCACAUCACCCUGACUUACCUUUCUCUCCUCCGCUCCUCAAGGUAGGAACCGUUAAAUUUCAUAUGUGUGUCAAACUUGAAAAGAACGUAGAGCAUGUUGAGGAAACUGUGACGACUUUACUUUGCCCGAGGAGUGUCCAAAAUAGACCGUAAGCGGACAAAGCCGCUCCACUAACCCGGGCAGAGAGCUCGUUAGGUCGGAUUGAACUUCAGAGACUGGUUCCUUCACUGCCAAGAAGAAACUGUAUGUAGGCUGACUGUCUUUGGAUAGAAAAAAAAUCACAUUAGAACUAUAUACUGGAAAGAAUAGCUGCUUACCUUCAGCCAAGUCAUUUAUAAAACAGUUUUUUUUUUGUUUUGCUUUGUAAAAAUACAAGUUAAUGGCAGACAUUUUUGGAAAAUUAGAUUUUGGGUCAUCUACUUUGGGUUAAAGGGUGUUAAUUAUAUCAAAGAUUAGUUAAACACCAAUAAAUAGGCAAAAAUGCAUUAAAGUAUCCAAACAAAAAUCAAAUAUUUCCAACCUAAUAAGAUCUUAUAGUGAAAACAGACCACACAGUGGCUUUGAAAUGAGCUCUUUUGUGUUAACUGAAAAGUAAUAUAUUGUUGAUAAAGUCUUGACAUGGUCUGUCUUGUCACCUGUCUGUGAUAUCCUGCAGUGCAAGAUCUGUAAAAUAGCAGAAUCUCAAAGAAGAGGUGGAAGGAGUCAGACAAUAAUACUCUACACAAGAAAAAAAAGACUAUAAGAAGUCAAUUUACUGUAAAUAUGUACAGCAAUGUAUAUACAGUCUGAGGUAUUUCAUAUUAAAUGUACUUACAGUACUGAGUACUGAGCAUGUAUGUGUAAAUCACUGAGUGAAUAACACGUGUCUGCAGGCCUGGAGGCUGCAGACUGCAUUUCUAGACUCUCAAUUCCGAGAUGCAUUGGUGCUCCAGUGUCUUACAUAACCUUAUUUGCAUCUAUUUUUAAAAUUUUAGUGUAUUUUAUAUACAUUAUGUAUUUUGUGUACAUUUUUAGUGUCCUUCGAAUUGAUAUUUGGAUUUCUAAUGUGACCACUUGAGAUUUUCCAAUGUAACCAUUUUAAAGUCAAAUGUUAACAUUGUAAGUUACUAAUUUAAGUGUGUAAAAAGCUGGUUUUGUCUCUGUUGUGCCAUCAUCAUAGUGUUUUUUCUACUGUUAAUAGCAGUUCAAGUGGCCACUGUAACCACUUUUACUGUUUUAUCUCAUUUUAAGAGUCUUUUGUAAAUGUUUUUUAUGGAGCAUUUAAGUUAGCCUGGCUGGGCCAUCCAGUUGUGUUAAUCACUUGCCGUUCCUUCCCAUGUGGGAAGGAACGGCAAGUGAUUCAUGCAACUGGAUGGCCCAGCCAGGCUAGGAUGGCCCAGCCAGGCUACAUUUAAGUGUCAACAUUACCGCUUAUAGUGUUUGACAAAAGCAUAUAUGGACACACAAGUGUCCAUUGUAACCAUUUUAAGUGUAAUACUGAACAAUAUUUUAAUGUCUAAUAUAACAACUUUUGGGUCUAAUUGUGACAUAUUAAGUGUCUAACAGCAUCAAUUGUAACCACUUUUGGUGUGACUGUGUUUUUAAAGUCUCAUCAAACUAUUUUUAGUGUCAGCAUUUGUAAUGUCUUUAGUAAAGUUAGACUUACAAAUAGAAAAUUUUAAACCAAUCUCACUCUCUGCCUCACCUUAAGACUACAAAUCUAUCAGUUCCUAGCAGUUAACCCUGCCGACUUUAUGAAAUUAGUGUCAUUUGUUAUCAUUUGAACUUCCAGUGACAAUGACUGUUGGAAAUUCCAACUUUUCAUGUUGUGUUAACAUUUAAAGUGUUUAAUCCUUUUAACUGUCUGAUUUAACCAUUAGGGUAAGUGUUUAACUUAUAAAAAAAAAAUUUUAAAUAAUUUUUUAGCCUGAAAAACCUUGAAAUAAAAUUCAUAUUUUGAUCUUUCAAGAUGUAUGUUGUUUACAGUAAGUGUGAUGAGAUAUUCUAAAUAGAAACUAGACAAAUUCAAAUGGUAAAAUAUGAGUACUUUGCUGUGAAGACAUCAUCCAGUCAGCUGCCUGUCAUGUAAUUGAUGGAUAGCCUGAGUGUUUUGGGCAUGUUUUGAUACAUUUUGAAAAUAAAUUCAGACAGAUGCUGAUUAGGAUGUCACUAAAGAAACAUUAUCCAGUUGAAACAGCAGUACACUUAAUACAAUCUUACAUAAAUACAGAGCAGUGAAUCAUUAAUUCAACCAUUUAAAUAGAAAUGAUUUCUCCUCCCGCUGAAGUUCGUAUGAGGACAGCUCAACAGCUUUUCUAAUGAGCAACACAAUGCGUAAAUAUGGACUUGAGUAUCCCAGGUGUGGAUAUGACAAUAUAGUUCAGUUACCACAAAAAUAUUAUGACCCUGCUGGACACACACUGUUGCCUGUGAAGAAAACUUUUUACCUGUCCACCGACAAACUUUUUUCUUUUCCAUAAUAUUUUUAUUGAUUUUUUCAAAUUUUAAACAAAACACGACAAACAUACACAAACGUCUCAGCUCAGAAACGUAACAAAGACACAGUUAAUAUAAAAAUGAGUGUACAGUACCUACAUUGGACAAUAAAAUCAAAUGUCAAUCACAGAAUGCUUGGUAUCCACCGACAAACUUGACUUUGAACUGUAUUAGUUUCACAUUAAUGUUUUAAAGCUCAAACCCUGAAUCAGGUUUGACCAUUUUUUUUCUUUUUUAAGAAAUCAUAUGUUGACGAAUAAACAGUUUUAGAUAAACGUCUUUGUAAAAAAUGCUGGUUAUCUAACUUCUGAUUAUUGCGAAAUAUUAAUUGUAUUUACUGAACUGUUGCUGUCACUGGCUUUUAACUUCAAAUAAAAUCAUAAUCAGCAUAAUUGUUCGUCAACUAAAAAUGAAUCAGUACCUAAUCAUGAUGUAUUUUACAAGUGGGACACCAUCAUGAACUCCUAAUGAAAGACACUGGGGAAUCAUUCUUACGUGAAUAUAAGUGGUUCUUAACUUACCUACAUCCUGAUAAUCUGUAAACUCUUCAAUUUAAAGUCAGAGCCGAAUCGUCUUCUCCGUCCUUGUUUUACAAAGGUGUCACCUCACCUGCAGCCUCUCUCUCCACCCUCCUCUCUUGUUACCCGAUAGCUCUUCUGCACCAUGCUGACCCGUCUCUUCCGCAUGCACGGCCUCCUGGUGGCCUCCCAUCCCUGGGAGGUAAUUGUCGGCACGGUAACACUCACCAUCUGCAUGAUGUCCAUGAACAUGUUCACCGGAAACGACCAGAUCUGUGGCUGGAACUUCGACUGCCCUAAAACAGAGGAGGUGAGUGGAGAAAUUGAGAUGCUUUAAGGUUAACUCAAAGACAGAAACAUUCACAUAGAAAGAGAAAGAAACAAUAAUAUAGAAAGAGUGCAGAGAACGAAAAUGAACCAAAAAUAAAUCCUAAUGUUAAAGAGUGAAGUCAUGGACUGAUGUUUUAUGGAGAUCAGUAUCUCAUUUUGAUUUUUGGUUGUCAAGACUUCAGUGAUAUAAUGCAUUUCAAAAGAGCAUUGCACUCUGACCGCAGUAUAGCAAGUUCUUAUAUUUUCAUAUUUUUUCUUUUUUCUUAGCAAAUCUUGAGCAGUGACAUCAUCAUCCUCACCAUCACAAGAUGCAUCGCCAUCGUCUAUAUUUACUUCCAGUUUCAGAACCUGAGACAGCUUGGAUCCAAAUACAUUCUCGGUAAAAUAUAAAUGAAAGCCUCAUUAUUUUAGCUGUAAAGGAAAAAGAUUAUUUGGUAUAAUUAUCUGUGCAAAGCUUUAACUUUUCUCUCUGUCUUCUGCAGGUAUUGCUGGACUCUUCACCAUCUUUUCCAGCUUUGUUUUCAGCACAGUGGUUAUUCACUUUCUGGAUAAAGAGCUCACCGGUUUGAAGUAAAGACAGACUCUCUUGAUACUCCUCUUUUUUUCAUCAUUAUUCAUUUUAACACUGCAGCUGAUCGUUCUGUUCUAACCUGCAGCGAGGCUCUGCCUUUCUUCCUGCUUCUCAUCGACCUCUCCAAAGCCUGUGCGCUCGCCAAAUUUGCUUUGAGCUCCAGCUCUCAGGUAUGAAGAAAUAAUCAUCAAACAACAUUUCACAUCAAAUUCAGCUGCUUUUAAGGUGGAUAACUUUACAACAUGUUCUUAGGAUGAAGUGAGGGACAACAUAGCUCGUGGGAUGGCGGUGCUGGGACCUACCUUCACUCUGGACGCUCUGGUGGAGUGUUUGGUGAUCGGAGUGGGAACCAUGUCAGGUAUCAGCUGAGUUUCAAGUCUGAGGUUUACUUGUUAUCAGUUUAAUCUUAUUCACUGAGGUCAAGUAUGGAGGGAAGUAAUAUUGGUUAAACACAUGCAAAGGAAACUGAAGGUGUGAUAGCUGUGAUUUGGAAAUAUUUAUAAAAUGAGGUCAGAAGCCGAACAAGUCACCUGAUCAAAGAGGUUAAAUAUAAAACUCACACUAAAGAAAACUUCUUUGGAAGCGGGAGCUGGAGAGGUGUUACCUAAACUUGUCUAUAGUAAACUUCCACUAGUUUAAUGCAGACAACAGACAAACGUAGAUUUGUUUUUAUUAAAGGUACAGUGUGGAGUAUUUAACCACAUUUAGAGAACACACUUGGUAGACAUGGAAAAUAGUAGUCUGUUGAGUGUGCAAAUGAGUAUAAGUAAGACUGUGACAAUAUCACAUGAGUACUAAUCAGUUACAGCGACCAAAAAGAUUUCAUCCUGAUACAUUGAAAACUUGGAAAAAAACCCACAAUCAGUCAAAGUAAAUAAAGGCAAGACAAAGGUGGAGUGAUGUGCUCUUCCACAAUUUUUACUAAUAAACUUAACACACAUUCUCACUCUUUAGCAUCUGUUUAAAAUGAAGUUAUGUUUUAUCUGUUUUAUCAGCUCCUGAGACAGCUCACCAUUUCAGCGCAGCAAACCUGACUCCACACCUGUGCCGUGCCACUGGCGGGGCAUGAAUUUAGAGCCCAUAGAGACAGUGUGAUUGUCAGCAGCAGACUGUGAAUCUUAAUUCAAUGAUGUUUUUCGUUUCAGGUGUGCGUCAGUUGGAAAUCAUGUGCUGCUUCGGCUGCAUGUCAGUGUUGGCAAACUACUUUGUGUUCAUGACGUUCUUCCCAGCGUGUGUCUCACUGGUGCUGGAGGUGAGAGGAAUUUAUUUUUUAAGGCGUGUACAUACAUGUGUGUUGGCGUUGACUGAUCAGGUUGUGUGUCCUCUUGCAGCUAUCCCGUGAGAGUCAGGAGGGUCAUCCUAUCUGGCAGCUGAGUCACUUCUCCAGAGUGAUGGAGGAGGAGGACAACAAACCCAACCCUGUGACACAGAGAGUCAAGAUGAUCAUGGUAACUCCUCCUCCUCCUUCUUUUAUUAUAUAAUUAUUUUGUGACUUGCCUUCUUUUCUCAUUAUGAAUCGCUUAAUUCAUACAUGACCCUGUGUGUGACUCAUCCUCUAUGCUCGCCGCCUGCAGUCUCUGGGUCUGGUGAUGGUCCACGCUCACAGCCGCUGGAUCGCUGAGCCACUCUCCAUCAACACCACAGUGGGCAUCCCACAGGUGGGCAUGCAGCUGGACCAUCUCUCACCCCGGAGGAUUGAGCCUGAGACACCACUGUGGCAUUUCUACCUGACCAGGUGAAGAUAAUGAUAUGUUAACUUUAUCCUUCAUGUCUGAGGCACUGUUUGAACUCUAUCCUCAGGAAAUGUCAGUGGGUGUCUCCAGAUAUUGAUUCAGUCAAAUUCUUGAACAGGACGUUGUCUGUCCUCCACAAACCUUUGAAUUCUGUACCUUGGUUUUGCUUCUUACACACAGUGACAUAAAAUCAGCAGCAGACUUUAAAACACUUUAACAUUUUCAAACAUUUUUAAAACUAUUUUUUUGCAGCGAUUUCCUUGUGGGACGUAAUCAGAGCUUGACAGACUAGACCGGCAGCCACUGUCAACCUCUCCUUUUUGGACAAUGUUUAAGGACACAUAGUAGUACAUAAUGGACGGUGCAUGUUACUUGCAGGCACACUAUACAUUACACACUGCAAGUUGCUGCAUGAUGUAUAAUGCAUGCAGUGUGCUGCACACUGGAAGCUUGAUGUUGUGUACUGCACAGCACAUGCAGUAUCCAGUGUGCAAGAUUGAAUGCUGCAUACUAGAUGCUGCAAACUGAAUGUUGCACGCUACAUGCUGAGUCAGUUGGUUAUCAAAUUGACCUCUAAUGUUUCCUUGCUUAAUAUUUUUUGUUGUUGUGAAAUCUACAAAGUUAUUUGGAACCACACCAGGCUGAAAAGUUAGUGUUAAUAGGUCUGUAAAUGACUGGAUUUUUACUUUUUGAGUAUUUUCCAGUUUUCUUCGAUGUUAAUAUUGCAUGUCUGAUAUUUAUGUGCUCAGUACUAACUGACUGUACGUUUAUGACCUGAGUUUAACCAACUAAUUGAUUUAGAAAGAGACAAAUGGAAACAAAUUUCUCUUUCCCUUCCCUUCCUUUGCAGGAUGUUCACUUUGGACGUCGAGCAGGUGAUCUGUCUGCUCUUGGCUAUGCUUCUUGCCAUCAAGUACAUCUUCUUCGAGCAGGUGGAGAUGGAGUCCACUCUUUCACUAAAGAACCCCAUCAUGUCUGCCCCCGCGCUGAACCCCCGCCGGCCUGCUGACACCUGCUACAGGAAGGAAACACCUGCACCACGCCCCCUUAACCCUGCUCAGAAUGUGCCUGCCCCCACACCCUUGAUCAAGGCAGAGAAGGGUGAGUGUGAGUGCGAUGAUGAAGAUAUUGGAGCACAUGGGAAGCAUCAUGGUGUCUUAACUCCUCUUUAUUUUUGUAGAUGAGGUGAUCCGGCCUCUGUCUGCUCCACAUGCUGAUCCCCAGGUGAAGAGUGUCUUCGUUGUGGGGGAGGAAGAGGAGGUCAAGGAGGUCAAGUCUGAGAGCGAUCAGCCGAGCAACAACACAAAGCCCAGAGAACUGGAAAAAUGUUUGUCCAUCCUCAACAACCCUGAGGUAACACGAGAAGCCAUGAACCCCCACCCCUCUAACAGCUGAUAUCCUCCUCAGACGGUUGAAUUGUUAUGUCAUUCUGGCCCACUUUCUGCAGCCAUGUCCCACCAAUAAGACGUCGUGUGAUUUAACUCGUCUGUAAUGAGCUUAGUCCCUCUGGUAUCUCUGUGAGGAUGAACCAAUUAGAGCAUGACGACAGAGGAAAAGACCCUUUAAGUGACCGCUCUGGCUCUGUCGGCCUCCCGUCCACACAGUUCAGCUCCGCACUGCCUCAGAAUUAACCUGAUGUGUUUUUGCAAGAAGAAGACUUUGCCUUACUUUUUGUGCGACUUUUGAGAAGAGAGUAUUUCUGUUGAAACUGACCUGCAGACCUCAUACUAAGCACAGCUACUGAGCGGGCCAAUGCUUAAGUUAAUGCUAUUUACACAAGUAAGUGUAAGUAGCAUUAACUCAAGAGUAAGUGAUCAUGGCAGCUGCUGAUCACUUUUAUUCUGCAGCCAGGACAAAUAAACGCCACAGGUGUGUCCUGCACUCAGUCUGGACAAAAAGAAAAUGUAAAUGUCUGAUCCAAAACACGUUGGUUUGAUUAUAAAUGCUAAUUGUUGAGAAACUUCAGCCAGAGUGCUUCUCUCAUACACAUUUUUUGUGUGUGUGUUGCAGAUGGGUCCUUGUUUCCUGAGCGACGCUGAGGUGAUGCUGCUGGUGAACUCCAAACACAUCCCCGCCUACAAACUGGAGUCCGCGAUGGAGCGACCAGAGAGGGGCGUGGCCAUACGCAGACAGAUGAUCUCUGCCAAACUUUCCUCCCCCUCUGCUCUGUCCUCACUGCCAUACAUAGACUAUGACUACUCCAAGGUGAACACACACACACACACACACACACACACAAAGAAACACACACUUACACACUCUCGCUCAGACCUCUAUAAUAAGCUCUUCAUCACCUCUGUUUUCCAGGUGAUGGGCACCUGCUGUGAGAAUGUGAUUGGCUACAUGCCUGUACCUGUGGGUGUGGCUGGGCCGCUGCAUCUGGAUGGGAAGCAGUUCCAGGUUCCCAUGGCAACCACAGAGGGAUGCUUGGUUGCGAGCACAAACCGUGGCUGUCGAGCCAUUGCUGUGAGUGUCUGAAGUUGUUUUCUAAAAAUGCAGAUCAUGUUUUAAGUGUUAUUUUUACUCUUAAAUACUGAAAUAUAGCAAAACCAGCGAAGUUUGGUCUAUUCUUGUGUAACCAUUAGUUAGCUUUGGUAAGACUGUGUGUCUCCCGGCUGUUUUAGGGAGGUUGUUAUAACAUUGUCAGUGUUUAAUUUGCAGAUUUUUAUUAUGCCUUAAACUGUUAAAUUUUGUAGAAGACUCCAGCUGUUGAUGUAUGUCCAUGUCUCAUAAUUGGUGCAGCUCGGGGGUGGAGCCAGCAGUCGGAUCUUGGCGGACAGCAUGACUCGAGGACCUGUGGUUAGGCUGCCGUCUGCCUGUCAGGCUGCAGAGGUCAAAGCCUGGCUGGAGAGCAGCGACGGGUUUCAGACCAUCAAAGCUGCUUUUGACAACACCAGCAGGUAAACAUGAAACCUCAGGUGGAUAAAGAGAGAGAGAGUAAUGGUCCUGUUGUUUUUGGAGAUGAAGAAUGUGUUUCCUGUUUUCUGUUUGCAGGUUUGCUCGACUCCAGAAGCUGCUGGUUGGUUUGGCUGGAAGAAAUCUCUACAUUCGCUUUCACUCCAAGACUGGAGACGCAAUGGGAAUGAAUAUGAUCUCUAAGGUGAAUAAGUAAACGUAUUAUAAAACAGACUUUUGAUGGUGCUGGUGCAAGUGUUUAAAGUCUAUAAGCAAAGCAAAGCAAGUUUUCUCUCUUGGAUCACUAUGAGGUGUAUGAGGAGUAGUUUGUGUGACAUUUUGCAUGAGAUUCUCCAAACUUUAACUGGUCUAACACAGAUAAAUUUACAUCAGUGCAUCUCACAUAUGAUAAUAAAACAUGUUCUUCUUCAGGGCACAGAGCAGGCUCUCAGUCAGCUGCAGCAGCACUUCCCCGAGCUGCAGGUUGUGGCCGUCAGUGGAAACUACUGCACUGACAAGAAACCAGCCGCCAUCAACUGGAUAGAAGGACGGGGGAAAUCUGCCGUCUGUGAGGCCACCAUCCCUGCUAAAGUGGUCAAAGAGGUAUGAAAAGUUUGGACUGGAGAGAAACAUCAUGUGAUUUUUUUUAUUAGGCUUUUUUAUUAGGCCUUCACUGGCUUAAAAAAGAGCUGCUCCAUCCUUUCCUCUAAGUUAUUAAAAAAUAUAUAUUCUGUAUAUGGACACGGAAAAGCAGGAGUUGUCCAGUGUUGUAUAUUCCUCUAUAACAUUUGAAAAAUGAAGCGUAACAAGUGUCCUGAGUACCUUUGGUUAAUGUAAGAAUUGCUGUGAGAAAUUUUGAGGGAAAAUGUCAGAAUAUCCAGAGAAAACCCCUAUGUUCUCUUGACUAGAUUUUAAAUUCUCAUAAUGAAAAGUUGCAUAGUUUAUGUCCUUGUGCUGAAGGUUUAAUGAUCAUUAUUUCACUUCUUUUGCUUGGUCUAAAAUCUUAAAGUAUAGAGUUGUCUCAUAUAUAACCUCUGUAUUACAAAUCUCAUAUUCUUUCCUCAUGACUGCAGGUCUUGAAGACAUCUACAGCCGCUCUGGUGGAGGUGAACAUCAGUAAGAACCUGGUGGGCUCAGCCAUGGCAGGGAGCAUCGGAGGGUACAACGCUCACGCCGCUAAUCUGGUGGCUGCCAUUUACAUCGCCUGUGGACAGGUGACGGAGUUAUAAAAACAAACAGUUCGUGCUUAUGAGUCUGAGUGUCUCCUGUGUUAAUCUUUGUGUAUUUUUGUGUAUGCCACAGGACCCAGCUCAGUCUGUAGGCAGCAGUAACUGCAUCACUCUGAUGGAGGCUUCUGGACCCACAGGAGAGGACCUGUACAUCAGCUGCACCAUGCCCUCCAUAGAACUGGGAACUGUGGGAGGGGGCACCAAUCUGCCUCCCCAACAAGCCUGUUUGCAGGUACACACAUGCACACAUGACGACACACAUGCACACUCCAGGCAUCUGCUUGUAUGUAAACCUUUAGACUACCUGGAAAUGGAACUAGAAGUGAAACAAAUAUUUGCUCAAAGCUGGAAAUACAAAGAAACAAACUUGCUCUGGAUCUGUUUAUGUGCGUAGGGACACUUUUUUUCUCAAAAGUCGGGCUCUUAUGGGGCUAGAUUUGAUCCAAACUCCAUUAAAAACACAUUUAAUAUUUUUCUCUUUUGAUAAACAGACCUGAAUGUCCCAUACUCUCACUUUUCAUACAUCCUGAUGUAGUUAUCAUAUGUCGUUGCAGAUGCUCGGUGUGCAGGGAGCCAGUCAGGACUGUCCAGGGGAAAACGCCCGUCAACUUGCCCGAGUUGUAUGUGGAACCGUUCUGGCCGGAGAGCUCUCGCUAAUGGCCGCUCUGGCUGCUGGACACCUGGUCAAGAGUCACAUGACACACAACAGGUGAGUAGAGAAAAGGCUACCUGUACAGUGGAGCUUUGUUGAGAUCUUCAUUUUAUUUCCACAGCAGACUUUACCCUGUCCUAAUGCUUCAUGCAAAUGUGUGUUGGUUAGAGUGCUACUCAGUUAUGUUAUCUAUAUGAAUUAUUUAAACAUAUUAGGUUAUAGGAAAUAUUUCUUGUCCUAUCUCUCUCUUUCCUUCUACACAUGUCUCUGAGCCUCUCAAUCUGCUCAUUAGAUGUUUGUGUGGAAAUGCAGCGCCCAUUUAUAAACCCCGGACAACUUAUAACAAGCAAAGCAUUUCCUGAUAAGAAUAAAAACAUACAUAAAAUACAAUCACGAUGCAAAAAGGAAUAGAAGUUUCUUGAUCAGUUGAGUAUGAUCCAGACUUAUGAAAAAAACACAGGUAUGUUUUGUUCUGCUUUGUAGAGAUAUCUCUGUUUUUUGGAGCCUUGGUGUAAACCACCUACCUAUCUGUCUUGUAGAUCGAAGGUGAACCUACACGAGACUCCAGGAACCUGCACAAAGAAAGCCUCCUGAGCCUGAGAGGCAGCUGGACACUAAUCAAUAAUUGCUGAAAAUGAACCUCAGACAUCUGCCAAGUGCUUUCAAAGGGACGCACCAGUGUCUGUGGACCAAAAUCUAUGCUGGGCAUGAAAAGGAUCAAAUCAGACUGAUGUGUGGAAGAUAAUUCUCUGUUUGUGUUUUCUGUCACCGAGCAGCUAACUCAUUUUAUUUCAACUCUUAAGAUGCUUUCUCCUCUUGGGUUCAAAUGAAAUGUUUCUGCUCCCCUGUUGUCAAAUGAAGCUUUGUGAGACAGAGGUAGAUUGUCUGAAUGUGUGCAGCUGCAAACAGGAACCUUACUACUGCCUGAUAAAGAUUCUCCAUCUUUGAUUUCUGUGCCAGUGUGUUUGUUGAAAACAUUCUCACAGUGCAACAGACCCCAGUCCUGGUUUUACCAUAAGAAGAACCACAAAACAACAGAAACAUGACCCACAACUCACUUUAACAGUGAUUAAUAUCGUGAAGAAUGAUUUUUGGGAUCCAUGAGGCACAUUUAAACUCAGACUGCAGCCUGUAUUUUAAGCUGAGUCUCACCUGUUUGUACUGAAACAGCAGGUGUUUCAGUAAGAAGGGAGAAUAGAUGAAUAAAACAGGAAGCAAAGAAAGGAAAUAAUAAAAACAGGAAUCUUCGGGUGUCUGCAUCUCUGAAAGGACUAUGCAACAAAUCAUGAAUCAGUAAUAUCUCGGCAUAAGGACAAAAAAAAAACCCUGUGCUGUUUCCAAACCCAAGGACAUAACUUUGAAGAACAGUUUUGGCCCGUUUACUGCAAAGAUGUUAAUAUCUUUUGUAUUUUUAAGACUUUUUAAGUCAGUCUGUAUUUUACCCAGCUUAACAUGCACCACUGAUGCUGAUAAUAAAUUGUAAUGUAAUGUCCUAAAGUUACCUGUUUGGGGAAAAUAAAUGAAGUCAUUAAAAUAUUUUUUUUUCAACAGAUGGAAAAUAUUUUGAAUAUAUUUUGUAAUAAAUUUGAACAAAUUUA